CCACACCCCGACCAUGCCUCUGACCGCGUCCGUCCUCUCUCGCCAACUCGAAGAACUCAACCUCCUCAAGCAUUCCCUCCUCCCAGGCGAGGAAUUCGCGUCGCUACCGCCUACAGAAGGUCCCGACCACUGGGCCACCCUUCUCGACUCAUACUCAGAAAACGCGGAGUCGCUAGACUUGGAAGAGGUCGCGCGCACCCUGCCACCUGCGCACCUCCGGAUACAGUCGAACGGCAUCGACAUAUGGUUCGAAGUAGGGUUGAGUGAGGACUAUGAAGGAGGUUGUGCUCCCGCGAACGCAGGAUACUCCGUGUCGGUCAAGGGUGAAACUCUUGCGCGGAGGGAGCAGGAAGCCUGGCAAGCGUUCGUGAAGGAGAAGAUGGAGGAGUUCCAGGACAGUGAAUACCCUAUAUAUGAGUUAGUCUCAACACAUCUCCUGCCUCGCCUUCACGCCGAGUUCGACUCCCAGCGCAACGACGAUGCGUCCUCGGCCCCAGCCAUGUCCGGCACAGACGUCUCUUCCGGGUCUUCCCACAUCCGCUAUCAUGCCCUCUUUACCUCGCACCACCUCGUCUCGCCCAACAAACGGCGAUCCCUCCAGCAGUGGUCUGCAUCGCUCUCCCUUACCGGCUUCGCGAAGGUCGGGCAUCCGGGCGUAAUUUACUGCGAGGGCGAGCAAGCGCAGGUCGAGGAGUUUGUUACGAACGUCAAAGCGAUGCAAUGGCUCGCGCUCAGGAUGCGAAUUAUCGAGCCACUCCCGGAGGAUCUUCGAGAGUCCAGGAACGAGGACAAGGAGGUGAAGAGACGGUGGUCGGAGUUCGAGAAGGUAGGUGAAGUAGUAGAAGAGAUGCGAAGGCUUCGGAGGGAGAAGUACAUUGUAGAGAUGGGCAUAGGUAGUGUCGGUAUAAAUGUAGGGGCACCGAAAUGAGAAUACCAAACAUACCUGCCCAAUUUGAAUACCUGCCUGACAGAAGAUCCUCAUGU